AUGUUGAGGUCAAGCACUACAGAAGAUGUGUACAACUUCAUGCAAGAUAAUCAGAUUAGCUGCAGUGAACUGACAAACAGAGUCGAUAUUGAUCAUGAGCUAACACUCGGGGCUCCUAUACCUGCAUCAUUGCACUUCAGAUUAGACCAAAGUUGUCACAAUAUCUUCCAACCACAAGAGUUUGUUGCAUAUCAACCACUAGAGGAAGAACAGAGGAUUAUUGUGGCUAUGGUUAGUCAUGUUGUCUGUUUGAAAGAUGACUCUGGGAAACCUUUGAGGCCAAUGCACAUGAAAUAUAUAAUAUUCACAAGUGAAGAAGAUCGGGGAGGGAAGGGCAAGAGAGUCAAAGCUAUAGAAAUCUUCAAGUUUAUUAGAGGUGAAACUGCACCUCAAGAAGCUCCUCAGGUUGAGUCAGACUGUCAGGAACUUGUGGCAUUUGAGGGAAAUCCGGAAGAUGUACCGCCUCCAGCUGCAGUGGCCACUUCUGCUACUCCUGCACCGAUUGAUGUCCAGAAGGCGAAAGAUGAGGUUAGGGAAGAGCUGCAGGAGAUUUGGCAUCUUCCGAAGGAGGAACGAAAGAGAGCCAUACAUCGUCUCUAUCUAAAGUGGCAUCCCGACAAGAACCCGCAUAAUCAGGAUGCAGCCGAGGAGGUUUUCAAGUUCCUUUUACAAGAGUUGGAUAGAUUAGAGAGGGGUGCCGGGCCAAGCAUAUCAAAUGAAUCAGGCACAUACUCUUGGCGGAAUUUCCAACAUUUCUGGGACAGCACUGCUAGACAGCAUAGGCAGUACCAUGAUGAAUAUCAGCAACAGUUCAGCGGCGGGGCAAGACCAAGGCACCGUCAAUGGCAUAGAGGUGGCGCAAGCCAAUCUUUUUUCGAUGAGGAGUAUACUCCACCGAGAAGAGAGAGGGAGGCUCAGCAAUGGGUGAGACAGGCAUUAGUGGAUGAAAAGGCACUCAAGACACUACUACAGGAGGCUCGAAUUGAUGUCACGUUGUCUGGUCAUGUCUGUUUCUUGGCACACGAAGUAGCUGAAAAAGCCCUGAAGGGUGCAAUGUACGCAACGUGCAGCUUGAGGGAGGAAUCGCGUGAAAACCACAACAUAAUCCCAUUAGCACAUGCCAUCGAACAAGUGAAACCAGAAAUAGCUAGAGGUCUUUUAGCACUUGCACAACCAUUAGAGCCAACCUACUAUGAAGAUACACGAUUUCCUAAGCAAAAUCUGUCACCGUCUCCUCCCUAUGAAAAUUUUACACUGCAAAAUGCCGAGGAAGCUGAAGCAUGUGCAGCACGAAUACUCCAGAUUGUACAAGAAAUUGUAGAGACUUGA